AUGAUACAAGUUGGUUUUAGAAAACCUGUUAUAAACGAUGAAAUUAACUUGAAGGAAACAUUACAGAAAUACAGGUCUGGCAAGUGUGGGGGGCAUUUUCUUCCUUCAAACUGCAAAGCACGCCAGAAGGUGGCGCUAUUCAUUCCUUUCAGGAACACAUACGAACAUUUAAAAAUAUUUCUGAACCAUAUGCACCCAUUUCUGACGAGACAAGACCUGGAAUAUAAAAUCUAUAUUAUCGAUUUGAAUGAAAGAAUACUGAUUAACAGAAGCCCCCUCCUAAAUGUUCGGUUCCUGGAGGCCAGCAAGGAUGAGGAUUACGACUGUUAUUUUUUCCACGACGUCGAUCUUCUCCCAGAAAAUGAUUACAACCUUUAUCGAUGUUCCGAACUGCCGCGACAUAUGUCUGUAUCAAAGGAUAAAUUCAACUAUCAAUUGCCAUACGAUACAUUUUUUGGUGGCGUGUCAGCCAUGACAAAGGAGCAAAUAUUAUUCGUCAACGAAUUCUCCAACAAGUUCAGCUGCUGGGGAGGGGAGGAUGAUGAUUUGUUUAACAGGCUAAUAUUUCAUAACAUGACAGUCCUCAAAAGUAUGAGUGAUGUUUCUCGAUAUAUAAUACUCAAUCAUAAACAAAGCCCAUUUAAACCCGAACGGUUCAAACUUCUUAGCACUGGCAUAAAACGGGUUAUGCAAGACGGUAUUAAAAACUUGAAGUAUAAGAUGAUGAAGAGGACAAAUUAUCCAUUGUAUACAUACAUCAAAAUUUCAUUGUAA